AUGGAAGUAUUUGACCGAAAAGAGCUAUCAGCAAAGGUCGAAGAUCUUCCAAGUGGAACGACUUGUUUUUUCCAUGACGAGACUAUGGUUUUUAUGGGGGAUAUUGGCUGCGGUCGAUUUGGGUUGAUAUGUGUUGUUCCUGAUGACCCAACGGUCACUUCAAAACUAGGAUGGGCAGAUGAUACCGAUCCCAAGAGAUUGAAGCUCCUGAAGGAGCAUUUUAAGGAGUGGAACCCCAUGGUCAGAAACGUAUUGGACUUAUCCAAGGAUAUGGGCGUAUUCCCUACGGGCGGGGCUUUCGGUGCAGGGUGCAGUUUUGCGUUUGAGGAUGCGAAGACGUUGACUCUGGCCCUCAAGCACGUUCACCGUGAGACUGGGCGAUGGUCUGCUGGAGCCUUAAAGCGUGCUCUCGAGCUUUAUGACAACACGCGAAGUCCACAUAUCUUCAAGAUCUUUGAGGUCCUCGAAAGUGCCGAUGGACCGGAGGAGCAAAGCGCCCAUGUGAAGAUGGAAGGUGUUAAGCAGAUGAAAUGGCUUACGAAUAUAGACACGGAAGAAGAGUUCUACCGGACUCUCUCUCGGAAAAUCCUUCCAUCCUAUCAAAGAGAAGGGUUACUACCGGCAAAUGAGAUUAUAAGUAUGUUUUCUCCUCGUGGUUCUGUUACUACUGGCUAA